AUGCCCUGGGACCGCAAGGUACCCAAAACUCGAUUAUGUGGACCGUGUUGCUGGAAAAAGUUUCGUCGGCCAUUUGAGCCUUUCUACACCUGGUGGCGACACGAGAAUUACUUUACGUGGGUCUUUUGUCCAUACCGAAACGAGCGACUGUCGCGUGGCGAAAGGGCGCUCAUUGUGGUGCAAUAUUCAAAGAACUCGGGUGGAGACCUGACGGGGUUUUCAUUUCGAUUGGCAUUCCUGUUGCAAGUGCUGGUGGUGCUUCUUCUCACACUGGCACAAGCUCCGAUUUUCUACAUCUGGGCCAAACGGAGCUGUCUCUUUCUCACGAAAUUUAUCUACUAUGGUACGUGGGGCUGGAAGGAUCUGUGCCCUCUUUGCACGGAGCGUAUCGUGCAUUGCGAUUGCUUUAACGAUGAAUUACUUGUUCUAGCUGUAGAGCGAGUAGGGCCAAAGUGGGAACUGAUUCGAGUGCUUGACGGUCUCAUGGCCAAGCAAAACAAUUUCAACCCGCAUGUCAUCGUCGAGCGGGCAGAGAAACACAUGGAAAAAGUCGAGAGACUCGGUGCAUAUCAAGAGAAAAAGAAACAAGAAACUUUGCGUCGUGGUCGAAUUCGCCACAAUUUUUCGAUUUUACUAUCACGUCGAGGGUCAACGAACCAGCCGCGUUCUUCGGACGUAGAGAACACAGAAGACAGCUCCGCAGAAACUUGGGAUGAAUCGUAUGAGUCUAACAUUCAACUUUGCAUUACUCGCGAGAAGAAAAUCUUGGAGUUGAACAGCAGGAUUAAGCUGGAUACGUUCGAGAAACACUACGACUCGAACAUCUCCGAUGUAUUCCAUGCACUUACCCGCUCUGUCAUGAAACACCGUCAAACCAUGUGGGUGUUCGAUACACCAGAACAGCGUUUGCAGCGUCGUGAGGAGGAGAAACUGCAACGCAAACGAAUAGUUCGCGUCUUGAACGACUAA